AUGGCGGGGGCAUUAAGGGAGUCCAUGAACAUACUUAGGGUGGAGACCCAAGCUAGGGAGAAUGUUGCGGAGACAAGGGCGAGCUUCCUCAUGAGGGAGUUUUUGCGGGCCAAGCCGGAUGAAUUCCUUGGCGGCCUCGAGCCAAAGAAAGGAGAGGAAUGGCUUGAACGGACCGUGAAGACCUUCGAAAUGCUUCACAUCGAGGAUGGUGAGUUGAGGGUGACCCUUGCUAGCUACUAUCUCAAGGGUGACGCAGGCCAGUGGUGGAAGUAUGCCAAAGGCCGAAUUGAACCAGCACGAGAGGCAUUUGUGGCGGCCUUCCAAGACAAGUGUCAACCUCCCACUGCUAGAGAGAGGUUGAGGUUGGAAUUUAAGGACCUUAAGCAACUAAAUACAUCUGUGGUCGAAUUUGAAGCGGCCUUUUCUAGUUUUUCCCGGCUUGCACCAGAAUUGGUAGCGACGGAGGAGCGCCGUUGCUUUGAGUUCGAGCAAAGGUUGAGGACGAAGAUUUUGGUCAAAGUUGCCGGCAACAUGAUCUGGAAUUAUGAUCGCCUUGUGAAGGCAGCCGCUCAUGUGGAAAUUAUUAUGGAGGCCAAGGAGGAGAGACUUCGGAAUUCGAGGUCUAGGGGCCAAGGGUCACAGGGGGACUUUAGGCCCAACAAGAAGAGUAGAAGCACCUUUUUAUCCCAGUCUCAAUCGCAACAGUCUAGAUCUACUUUUCCCUUGCCUAGUGCAGGCUCGGGAAAGAGUGCACCGAGUGGGUUUUCUUGUUUCAAGUGUGGCCAACCGGGUCACAAGGCUUUUGAAUGUCCACAGAAGGGCGGAGGACAACAAAUGUUGCCGCCACCGCCACCACCACCUAACCGAUCUCAGAGCCAAUCUCACAGGAGGAGUUAG